GAGACUUUCACAACAGAUAAAGGAUGGACUUGUUGCAGUUGCUGUAGGAUUCCAAGUCCAGGUGAUCAUUUCAAACUAAGCAUCAACAACAAUUAAAACCACUUACACAUAUCUUCAGUUAAUCAUGGACCAAAAUCAACAUUUGAAUAACACAGCAGAGGCACAACCUUCAGAGAAAAAGAAAACUAGACACUUCGAUGGAUUUAAGAUGUUCUUGGCAGCCAUGGCCUUCAGCUAUAUAACUAAGGCACUAGGUGGAGUCAUUAUGAAGAGUUCCAUCACUCAAAUAGAAAGGAGAUUUGACAUAUCCUCUUCUUUUGCUGGUUUAAUAGAUGGAAGCUUUGAAAUUGGAAACUUGCUUGUGAUUGUAUUUGUAAGUUACUUUGGAUCCAAACUCCAUAGACCGAAGAUAAUUGGAAUUGGUUGUUUCAUUAUGGGAACCGGUGGUAUUGUGACUGCUUUACCACAUUUCUUCAUGGGAUAUUACAGGUAUUCUGAAGACACCUAUAUUAAUCCAUCAGAAAAUUCAACAUCAAACUUUUCAACUUGUUUAAUUAAUCAAACUUUAUCAUUUAAUAGAACAUCACCUGAGAUAGUGGGGAAAGGCUGUGGAAAGGAAGCUGGGUCAAAUAUGUGGAUCUAUGUCUUCUUGGGUAAUAUGCUUCGUGGAAUAGGAGAAACCCCCAUUGUACCAUUGGGGAUUUCUUACAUUGAUGAUUUUGCAAAAGAAGGAUAUUCUUCUUUGUAUUUAGGUAUUUUGAAUUCAGUAGGAAUGAUUGGUCCAAUCAUUGGCUUUAUCAUGGGAUCUCUGUUUGCCAGAAUAUACGUGGAUGUUGGAUAUGUAGAUCUGAGCACUAUUAGAAUAACUCCUAAAGACGCACGCUGGGUAGGUGCUUGGUGGCUUAGUUUCCUUGUGUCUGGACUACUAUCCAUUAUUUCUUCUAUACCAUUCUUUUUCUUGCCCAAAAAUCCAAAUAAGCAUCAGAAUGAAAGAAAAGUUUCAGUAUCUUCACAUAUGCUCAAAGCAAAUGAAGAAAGAAAUCAAACUUCCAAUUUGAUCAACCAUGAAAAAAGCCUUACUGUGACUGGUUUUAUCCAGUCUUUGAAAAGCAUCCUUACCAAUCCCCUAUAUGUUUUAUUUGUAUUUUUGACAUUAUUACAGCUGAGCAGCUUUAUUGGAAGUUUUACUUAUAUCUUCAAAUACAUAGAGCAACAAUUUGGUAAAACUGCAUCUCAGGCUAACUUUUUACUUGGACUCAUAACAAUACCUACUCUUGCAAUUGGAUUAUUUUUAGGAGGAUAUAUCAUUAAAAAAUUCAAGUUGACUAAAAUUGGAAUUGCCAAAUUAGCAUUUUUUACUUCUACAAUGUCCUCGUUCUUUCAACUGUUAUAUUUUACUCAAAUCUGUGAAAGCAAAUCAGUUGCCGGCCUAACAUUGACCUAUGAUGGAAAUAAUCCAGUGGCAUCUCAUAUAGAUGUACCACUUUCUUAUUGCAACUCAGACUGCAAUUGUGAUGUAAGUGAAUGGGAACCAGUCUGUGGAAACAAUGGAAUAACUUACAUCUCACCUUGUCUAGCAGGAUGCAAAUCUUCAAGUGGCAAUAAAAAGUCUACAGUGUUUUAUAACUGUAGUUGUGUGGAAGUAACUGGUUUCCAGAACGGAAAUUACUCAGCCCGUUUGGGUGAAUGCCCAAGAGAUGAUGGGUGUACAAAAAAAUUUUACUUUUAUGUUGCAACACAAGUCGUAAAUAUUUUUUUCUCUGCAAUUGGAGGUACCACAUAUAUCUUGCUGAUUGUUAAGAUUGUUAAACCUGAAUUGAAAUCACUUGCAAUGGGUUUCCAUUCACUGGUUAUACGAACACUAGGAGGAAUUCUAGCUCCAAUAUAUUUUGGGAGUCUGAUUGAUAGAACAUGUAUGAAGUGGUCCACCAACAGCUGUGGGACGAGAGGGUCUUGUAGAAUAUAUAAUUCCAUAUUAUUUGGAAAGUUCUACUUGAGCUUGACUAUAGCUUUAAGAGUCCCAGUAGUUGCUUUAUAUAUUUUGUUAAUUUACAACAUGAAGAAAAUAUAUCAAAGAAAAGAUACCACAUCAAAAAUUGGAAGAAAAGUUAGGGAUGAAGCAAAUUUAGAAUCUUUAAAUAACAAUGGACAUUUUGGACCCUCUGCUGGAACAGACAGUGAAACAUGUAAUUAA